AACUACUCAAAAUUUCCGCUACCGGUUCUCCAGAACCUGUCAGAACCUGCUGGAUUUCACCCUUGCUUUGGCAGGGCAGGACUGCUUCCUCUGCACCUCAACCCUCUGACCCCAAAGGAGAUGUGGGGCAAUGGUACAAUCCUUCCCCUGCUGGGGAAGGGUGAGGUGCCGGGCAAGGACGGGGCAAGGAUGGGUUCAGAUCCCUCCAGCCCCAGAGCUCCCCAGGGCCUCCAGCACAGACCCUAACCCAAAUGGCCCUCCCACAGCUGGUGGCCACUUCUGCUUCUCCUGGGAAACUGCCUGCAGGCCCCGCCUGGUGGAGGGAGCUAGGUGGGCACUGGAUGCGGGUGGCUGGUGAAAAGAGGGGUGAACUGGGAGCCUCUUGUGAGGAGUGGGAUCCCAGUCCCUCAAAGGGGAAAAGUCAAUGGGAUCCAGCCCUUCUCAGGGUCACUCUGCCUGCUGAUCGAGGCAACUCCAACCAACCCUCGCAAAUGAGGAGGAAGACGUGGCGUUCCCUGAGUCCCAGAGCAAUUUGGGGCAGCAGGAGAGCAGGAGAAAAAGCCCCCCCCCAGGCUGGAAACUGCCUUCCUGCAAACAACACCAUGGGACGCAAACAACGCCUGGCAGGGGGUAGAGAGCAUGCUUGGCUCAGUUGGGCUGCAUCCCAAGAGGGCCACAAAGCAAGAUUCGACCCCAUCACGGAUGUGGCAAAGAAGGCAGGGGGAAUGGCAUUGUCCCCCCAUGGAGGCCCAUCUUUCCUCCCAAUGUUGGGGCGCAGGAGGGAAAUUGUGGGGUCCUCGGUGCUCUCUGAGCUUCCAUGUUUUCUUGCAGAUGUUUCAUUACCAAACUAGGUAACAUCAUCCAUGCACACCUUUGAGGAAGCAUGAGACUAAGUGCAAAGCAUCUCUUUGGCAUCAGGAGCCUCUUGCGCGCUCUGGACUAAACCUUUGCAUUGGAGCCUGCAGCCUGCUCUGUUUCCAGGGGAUUGCAGAAGGGAAAUCCUCAUGACUGGGACACCGUUCCCCCCCCCCCCCGGCUGCUCAGGAGGGAAGGCGAUGCUUCCAAGCUCUCUCUGCAGGGAACGUCCCAUCCGGAUGUGUUCCGAAGGGCAGCCACCCAGGGCCCAUUGCUUCUGCCAAUGGUCCGUGCCGUCCUCCUUCCAUAGCUUCCUGGACAAGGGUGGAUUCACCUGGAGGAGCCUCCGGAGGAUAAAAGGGGCUGAGCAGCCAGAGGGGCAAAAGGGUUGCAGCCAUGAAGCUCCUGCUGGGCAGCCUUCUCUUAGCUGGGGUCUGCUGGCUAGGAGCCGCAAUGGACUUCACCACUAUGUCGAACUUUAAGAGCAAAAAGAUGUCUGGGGAAUGGCAUCCUGUGGCAAACAUUGUCAUUGAAAAACAGUUCCCCCAAUAUACAUUAAAGGCCAUGCCGAAGGGAGGUCUGUCGUACAGCUAUAGGUAUCUCGCCAACGGCAAAUGCAAGACGAGAAGGUUCCGGUUCGCUGAACAAGGGCAGGCGGGGAAAUACAAGAUCACAAGCCAGGCCACCACGCAGAUCCUGGACACGGACUAUGAAUCCUACAUCAUCAGUUACAUCGAGCGGGGGAUGGAUGCCUUCCUGACGCUGGCCAGCAAAGAGAAAACCAUGUCCUCGGAUUUGGAGACGAAAUUCAAGGAGUUUGCCUCCACUGCAGGAGUCACAGGAGAGGUUGUGCCCCUGAUCUCAACAGAAACCUGCUAAGUGGUCAAGGUGAAGGAGUGCACAUUCGGGCCACAGAGGGGUCCUUGCAAGCCAGUUGGGAAAGGAAGAAGACCCCGUCUCUGCCAAAGGGGCCUCUGUGGGCAGCUCCCUUGGUGCCAACCAGAGGGCAAACGCCAAGCCUUGUUUGUCAAAUAAAGCGUAAAUAAAACCCGGCAAAGA